AUGACGUCAUACACAAAUGGCGUUGAGGUCACUGGGAUUGCAAUCCAAACAGAAAGGGAUGGGGCUGGGGACGAACGCCCGACCGACGGCGAAUUUAGUGGUGCAGUAGGUAAGAAUGGUCGCUCUGGAAUCUCCCACCCUUGCAGCACCGGCGAGGAGAAGCUUUUGGCGGGGGAAGGUCAACUGGACUGUCGUGAAGGAGGAUUAUCAGAAGACGUCGGAUGUUGUUCUCAAUCAACUAGGACAGGUUACCCCUCUGAUUUUCGCGAGCCGCCUGUAUCAGCAACAAGAACAAAAUCCGAAGCUAUGAUGAAGCGUGCCGCUGAUCGUAUUCGUGAGCCUUCUCCACCAGUUAGCACUACGUUUGAUGAUUUGGAUCCAUUUUCUCCAAUCAUAACACAAUUCCUUGAGGAAGUUGAUAGAAGUACGGUAGAAAAAUUGAAGAAUACAUCGAAGGGGAAUGAACCGGAUAUCCCAAUGGACGCUGUGCACGAGAUGUCCACCGGAGAAAUAGGAAAGACGAACGUUGCGCAGCCUCCAUGCUAUGACAUGGUAGUGGUACCAGACCCAAACACCACGAUAUUGGAGUCUGCGGAGAUAAAAUAA